CUACUUCCGGCGGCCACAAGGGAUGCUGCUCCUCAGGUGCCAUCUGAAACGAGCUCUUCCUCAGAAGGUUUCCUGUAGGUUCUGGGCCGUGAUGGGGAAACUGCAGAGCAAACUCAAACACAGCACUUAUAAAUACAGGCCUGAUGGAAUUACAGAAGAGAGAAUUCAGACUAAAGCUUUUCAAGAGUAUAGCCCAGCCCACGUGGAUACCGUCUCCGUUGUUGCUGCUCUGAACUCAGACCUUUGUGUCUCUGGAGGAAAAGAUAAGACAGUUGUGGCCUACAAUUGGAAAACUGGAAAUGUGGUGAAAAGGUUCAAAGGACACGAACGUGAAAUCACCAAGAUAGCCUGUAUUCACAAGUCAGACCAGUUCUUCAGCGCCUCUCGUGACAGGAUGGUCAUGAUGUGGGACUUGCACGGUUCCUCACAGCCAAGGCAGCAGUUCUCUGCCCAUGCCAUGGUGGUCACUGGAUUGGCUGUGAGUCCAGACUCGUCACAGCUGUGCACUGGCUCUCGGGACAACACCCUGCUUCUGUGGGAUGUGGGGACUGCACAGUGUGUGGAGAGAGCUUCUAUCUCCAGGAACCUGGUCACUCACCUGUGCUGGGUCCCUAGAGAACCAUAUAUACUGCAGACUUCUGAAGAUAAAACCCUCAGAUUAUGGGACAGUCGGGGGCUGCAGGUGGCUCAUCUCUUUCCCGCAAAGCAGCAUAUUCAGACCUACUGCGAGGUCAGUGAGGAUGGACACAAGUGUAUCUCCUGCAGCAGCGGCUUCGGAGGGGAAGGCUGUGAGGCCACGCUGUGGGACCUAAGGCAGACACGGAACAGAAUAUGUGAGUAUAAGGGGCAUUUCCAGACUGUUGCAUCCUGUGUCUUUCUACCAAGAGCAUUGGCCUUGAUGCCUGUGAUUGCUACCUCAUCACAUGACUGCAGGGUGAAGAUUUGGAACCAAGAUACUGGAGCUUGCCUUUUCACCUUGUCUCUGGAUGGAUCAGGACCUUUGACUUCCUUGGCUGUUGGCGACACCAUCUCCUUAUUGUGUGCAAGUUUCAGCAGAGGAAUUCACUUACUCAGAGUGGACCACGGCCGAGGGCUGGAACUGCGGGAAGUGGCAGCGUUCUGAGGCCAAGAGACAUUCACUGGACAAUAUCAAACUGCAGCCCCCCCUU